AUGGUUAUCUCCAACUGUCUGCCUCCCUUCACUGAUGAAAGUGAGUUUGUUUUUCACUUUUGCCUUUCAUAUAGGGAUACUGAAUAUAAAGGACUACAGCUCUCCCUGGAUCAGGUCACUGCUACCAAGCCGGCAUUCUCAUACGCAAAUUCAACUCCGACCAUAACGGAUAAUAGAAAGGGAAGCAAAUCUCGCCUCUCAAGCACAAAGUCAAAAUCAAGGACAUCACCGUACCCACAGUAUUCUGGAUUUCACACGGAGAGAUCCGAGUCUGACCACGAGAGCCAGUGGGGUGGGAGCCCGCUGACCGAUACGGCUUCUCCCCAGCUCCUGGAGCCUGCGGACAGACCGAGCUCCCAGCACCACGACGUCUCCUGUGCCUACAGACAGUACUCAGACCGCAGCGCGCUCUGCUACGGCUUUGCACUCGAGCACUCCAGGCUGGCUGAUGACAGGCAUUUCCACACCCAGGCCUGCGAAGGAGGCAGAUGCGAAGCUGGCCGCUAUUUCCUUGGCACGCCGCAGCCGGGAAGGGAGAGCUGGUGGGGUUCUCGCUCGGCAUUGCCUCUGACUAAGUCGUCCCCUGAGAGCAGAGAAGCGUAUGAGAACAGUAUGCCCCACAUCACGUCAGUGCACAGGAUUCAUGGAAGAGGACACUGGGAUGAGGACAGUGUUGUUAGCUCACCUGAUCCCGGCUCUGCCAGCGAGUCAGGUGACCGAUACCGUACUGAGCAGUACCAGAACAGUCCGCAUGAGCCCAGCAAAAUUGAAACUCUAAUAAGAGCCACCCAGCAAAUGAUUAAAGAAGAAGAAAACAGGCUACAGCUGCGGAAAACCACUCCUGACCCACUGGUCUCCAUUAACGGCACAGGGAAGAAGCACGCUCUCUGUUUUGCCAGCUACCCUCAGCAGCAGCUGGCAGCAGACGUGUGCCGUGUCCCAACAGUGGCCAACACUCCUCCUUGUGAGCACAUCCAGCAGCGAGAUGGAAAGAUUAUGAGCCCACACGAAAACGACUAUGACAACAGCCCCACGGCACUGUCUAGGAUAAGUAGUCCCAGUUCUGAUCGAAUAUCAAAAUCAAGUUUGGUACUUGCUAAAGACUACCUGCAUUCAGACAUGUCCCCUCAUCAAACCCAAGGAGACCAUCCAGCAGCCUCUCCAAAUUAUUACAGCUCCCACAGGCAGUACUUUGAUAAGCAUGCUUACACACUAACUGGAUAUGCCCUGGAGCAUCUAUAUGACACUGAAACAAUUAGAAACUAUUCACUAGGCUGUAAUGGAUCCCACUUUGAUGUGACUUCUCACUUAAGGAUGCAGCAAGAUCCAGCACAAGGACACAAGGGAACAUCUGUUAUAAUAACCAAUGGAAGCUGACACUUUUUUUCUAAAAACUUUUGUGCUUUAAAAAAUAACCUUUGAGAUCUAAUUGGAAGAUGAUCUAUGUUUUCACGCCCUUGUCCUUACCAGCAUUUCCCAUACCACAGUGCACUAGAAGGAAGAACCUAAGGUUUGGGUGGAUAAGUUAGUUAAAACACAUUACUUAAAAAAAAAAUUAAAAAAUGCACUGGCAUGCAGGGUUAGAGUAAAUGGAGCUAAAUUCAAAGUUGGUGCCAUGCAUGCUGAGAAGGAUAGAAGAGGUCCAGGCAGGGAGUGCUUGUGGCAGGCUAACAGAGUGGUUUAUUCUCACUGUGUAAGAGGUGUUGUUUGGAAACACUGCCAAGGGCAGAUCUUCUGAACUGCAUAGGUACCAGGCAACAGAACUGCUAUACACUCUUUUUACACAGGAAAUUGGGAUGUGCUCCUUUGAAAUACACAACAAAAUGUGUACUUCUGGUGAUUUUUUACUCCCCAAAGGCCAAGCAUGUUAUGCUGUUGUAUGGUAUAAAGCAUCCAUGGCUGACCAAUAUAAAAUCAAAAAAGGGAGAAAGAAGAGAGAACUCCUCAAAUUGUUAUGUCCUUGUGUACUCACAAACAUAGCUAUUUACAUAUGCUUGAUUUGAAAAGAGUUCUUAUGAUUAGUAUGGUCAAAUAUUUACUUCUACUGUAUUAAAAAGAGAGAGGCUUUCUCACUGUAGUUCUGAGAAAUGCAAAGGGCUUGCUUGUCUUGCUGUAGAGAUGGGAGAUGGUUCUCAUGUUUUUGAAAGGUUGCCCAUGGUGGGUAGUGGAGUGAAAUGGAUGAAAAUUGCCUGGAGAAGCAGGGAGAAUAGACUGGAAUUAGGAGUGGUCCAAGAUAAUCAGCUAACCCUGUAGCUAUGUAUGCCAUUUAGUAAUAAUUAUAAAAUAAGGAAAAGUGGCUGAAUAAUUAAGAAUUAAUU